UUUACACAGCCGCGUAGGCCCAACGGUUUCCAGCCACUUCUAAUCCUUCUAAUCUUCCUUCCAUAAUAAAUACAAAAAAUAUUUGUUUUUUUAAAUGAAAACUCAUAAAUAAUAAAAAAAUAUCACUCCAAUUCAUUCGUUAAUUAUAUAAUUCUUCUUAUGCCUAAGAUAGCAACCCCUAAAGUUAAUUAAUCAUGAUAAUCUAUAUCUAAUAGACUAAUAAUGGCCGUCUCUGACCGGUUCCUUGCGUGCCCAACCUGCAAGGUUUCAGAUAGAUCCCUUCAAUAUCUGCAGAACCUUACAAGAACAAAACAGUUCUAGAGAUUGUAACAAAAAGUUUUCUUUUUUUAUUUUUUGAAGCUUUUUGAUGCAGCUUCUUUCGUAAAUCUCCAUUCUUUUUCUUGUAAAAUGUUCUUCUGUUCAACCCAAUCCAUUCUUCUCUUCUUCCUGGGUUUUCUCCUCACGGCGACAUGUUUCUUCCUUCCUUCAAGUGCUGAAUCUUCGUGUCUUCCUGAAAACUUUAGCUGUGGAAAUAUAACUGUGGAUAUAGAGUUUCCUUUCUACACCAACAAUUCAGUCAAGUCAUGUACUGGGAUUCACUUCAUCCAGUGCAUCGAUCUGGUGCCGGCGGUUCGAUUCUAUGGAGACAAUUACUUGUAUCCAGUGAGGAGCAUCUCGUACAAGGAUAAGACGAUUAUAAUCCAUGAUCUCAAGCUCAGCUCUUACUUCAGAGGAUGGAAUUGUGAUUUUUUCUAUGAUUUCAGGAAGCCAGUUCCAGGGAUCAAUUUCACCUCCAUAUCUGAAACACUUCCGUCUGGGGAAUCCUUUUUUAACUGCAACGACGAUUAUGAUUUUUCCAAUGAUAUAUUUCAUGUGGAUUAUAAUCUGAAUCUUUGCAAAAACUAUAGCCUCUUAUACUUCAAGGGCAAUGGCGAUCAGAGUUACAGUUCGCUUCCAAGUAGCUGUUCUUCUUCCAAAGAUCUUUGGUUCUAUUGGAAGCUCUCUUUUGGAGGAGAGGAUGGUAAUGAAAUCUCUCUGAUGGGCGUGGGGUUUUCACCACGAUGGGUGGGCACUGAUUGUUUCAGUUGCCAGAUUUCUGCAAGAAAUUGCAGUGAUGAGGGUGAUUCUGCAUGCAGUUGCAGCAACGGUUGCCAGGCAGUGAAGAAGAGCAGGAACAACAAGGGUGUUAUAGUUGGUGCAACGAUCGCCGCCAGCUCGAGCAUCUUCAUCAUAGGUUGUAUCCUCUGCUUUGUUCACAUAAGGCGUCGGCGACGGCGAGACCAGCAGCCUAAACUAAAUCACACCAGUUCUUCCAGCCUCCUCUACUACCAGUCAUCCAACAUCAGCCCUCAGUUCUCCGAAAAGGAGUCAGAGCUCGCCCGCUACCAAUACCAGACUCACAUUUUCUCCUAUGAUGAACUCUAUGAAGCGACCAAUUCCUUCGACACCGCCAUGGAGAUUGGCGACGGUGGCUUUUGCACUGUUUAUAAAGGGAAGCUUCGGGACGGCCGUCCUGUCGCUGUGAAGCGCUUAUACGAGAGCAACUUCAAGCGAGUGGAGCAGUUCGCCAACGAGAUAGUGAUCCUCUCCCGCGUCCGUCAUCAAAAUCUCGUCUCCCUAUACGGCUGCACAUCGCCGAGAAGCCGCGAGCUCGUCCUCGUCUACGAGUUCGUUCCCAACGGCACCGUUGCUGAUCAUCUCCACGGCAGCCUCGCCAGUGAAGGCCGGCUAACUUGGCCAUUUCGCCUUUCGAUCGCCGUUGAGACUGCGACUGCGCUCGCCUACCUCCACGCCAUCGACCCGCCGAUCAUCCACCGCGACGUGAAGACUGGAAACAUCCUCCUCGACGCCGAAUUCCAUGUCAAAGUUGCCGACUUUGGCCUCUCCCGCCUAUUUCCACCCGACGGCUCCACCCACAUCUCCACCGCGCCGCAGGGCACGCCGGGCUACCUCGACCCGGAGUACUAUCAGUGUUACCAGCUCACAGACCGCAGCGAUGUCUUCAGCUUCGGCGUUGUGCUCGUUGAACUCAUAUCAUCGAAGCCAGCCGUCGACUUCGGCCGCGAUCGCUUCGAGAUAAACCUAUCCACCAUGGCGGUGAACCGGAUACAAAAGGGGAAUUUGGAAGAGUUAAUGGAUCCGAAACUUUGUUUCGAAUCCGACAUGAAGACGAAGAAAAUGAUGAAGCUCGUGGCCGAGCUUGCUUUCCGGUGCUUGCAAGUGGAUAGAGAGAUGAGGCCUCCAAUAAAGGAAGUGCUCGAGGUGCUGAAGGGAAUUCAGAGCGGGGCUUUACUGGAGCAUUCGAACGAACAGAUUGUAAGCAAUGCUGGUAGAGAUAGCGAUAAACGGCCUUCCUCGCCGGAGUCGGUGACGGAAAAGUGGGCAAGCAGGUCUUCAACGCCUAAUUCUAGCCAUCGAGGUUCUUGACGUAAUUCCAGUCCUGCACUGUUUACUCCCAAAGCUUUUUUUCCUUUGAGAUAAUUCUGCGCAUUACCCGUUUGUAAAUUACAUCUCUUCUUUUGUAA